CUCAGAGCUUUACACAAGCACCGCGUCUGAAGUCUCUCUCUAUGUAUAUGAUUUCCUGUGAAACAAUUCUUUUAUAGAGAUCUCUCUCUUAUUGAGUAUAGUCAUACUAACACAAGGUACACACCACACGUUAGGGUUUUUGCUUUGUAUCCCCUCAAAUUACUGAGCGUGAAAUAAAAACUAAAUCUCAGAGACCCCGUAAAUGGGGAUUUCGUUUAAGGUCUCCAAGACCGGUUCGAGGUUUCGCUCAAAACCCCCCCAAUUCGAAACCUCUGUUUUUGAAGACAACGUCGUUGAGACUUCGAAGGAAAACAAUCAAAUCCUCGGCAUCCGCAGAAAUGAAUCCACUUCCACAUCUACUAGAAAGCUCCUGGCUGACAUCAAUGAGGGGGACAAGGAUGUUGCUGCAAUAUCAGAUUCUGAGGUUUCCUUCACAUUAAACCUCUUCCCAGAUGGAUAUUCUAUUGGAAAACACUCUGAGAAUGAAACCGGCCAUCAGACUAACCUUCAAGAUGUUUCAAAGUUUUUACUGCCAUAUGAUAGGGCUUCCGAAACUCUGUUCUCAGCAAUUGAGUCUGGCCGAUUGCCUGGAGAUAUUUUGGAUGACAUACCCUGCAAGUACAUUGAUGGGACACUUGCUUGUGAGGUGCGAGAUUAUCGGAAGUGCACUUCUGAACCACGCGUUAAUGUUCCUUCUGGGGAUGUUUGUCCUGUCAUUAACAAAAUACGCCUUAAAAUGUCGUUGGAGAAUGUAGUGAAGGAUAUUCCACUGAUUUCUGAUAAUGCUUGGACAUAUGGUGAUCUGAUGGAAGUUGAGUCCCGGAUAUUGAAAGCCCUACAACCACAGCUUUGCCUAGACCCAACUCCAAAGUUGGAUAGACUCUGUCACAGCCCAGUUCCAUCUAAGUUAAAUUUGGAUCUGUGCAGUAUGCGGAGGAAAAAAUUGAGGCAGAUUCCAGAAGUCACAAUCACGUCUAAUAAUAACAUCCAUGGGAAAAAAGUGUGCAUAGAUAGAGUACCCGAAAGCUCAAGGUUGAGAGACUCAGGACUCAUAAUGCAGCCACCUGUCCAUGAGAAUCUGAAUCCCCAAAACAUUGGUCCAAGCCUUGUGCUUGAGUCAAGACCUAAAAGUUUUGGACCAGAUGCCUCUGUUUCCAUGUCAUCUAUGGUAUCUCACCAGUCAAAAUAUCAGAUGGGGGUUGUAGACACAAGAAUUAUGCCUGAUCACUGUUCAGGGGGUCCUGUCUUGAAUGCUUCCGGAGCUUCUUCUGCUGGGUCGGACUUGAUUAUCUCAUACUCCGAAAAUAUGAACUCUAAUGCUUCUUCUAUUCAUGGUAAGAGGGAAAAUCAAGAUGGGCAAUUGUCUCCCUUAUCCAAUAUGAAUAAGAGGUCAAGGCUUAUGCCAGUGGGUCCUGAUGGUAGUCAGCAGCAGCAUAUAGGGCCUUACGUAGACGGUUUCCAUGGAUCAGAUUCACACUGGAAAAAUGCACUGUUACAGCAGCAAUCAUUGGCAAGAGGAAUGCACUAUGCAAAUUCUGGCAUGCAAAAGUAUCCCCAGCAAAUGUUUGAAGGGAAUUUCAAUCAAGAGGCUGGGGCAAUGCCAUUUACUGUGGGGCAGCAAGCGAUCAGAUAUAGUUUAAAGGAAGAAUCGGUUGAGACAGAUAGAUUGGACAAGGCGGAGCUCAAUCGAAAUAAAAAUGAAAUGCACAUGCUGGAAUCAGAAGUAAACCAUAUGGACUCCCAGCAGUCAAGAAUACAGCAAAGGUUGCCACAACAAUUUAUGAGAUCCGGUUUCCCUCAGAAUCCCUGGAAUAAUCUGGGUCAGCCUCUUGAUAAUAAUUCUAGAAAAGAGGACCAGUUCCAGAAAAGGAAAGUAGUGCAAAGUCCCCGGGUCUCUGGUGUGGGAUUACCUCAAUCUCCCUUGUCAUCAAAAUCUGGGGAAUUUUCUAGCGGUUCAAUUGGACCCCAAUUUGGAGCAGUUGCAGCAACUGCCAUAAUUGGAUCAUCCCAAAAGGAGAAGUCAGUAGUGACCUCAGUUCCUGCAGUUGGUGGCGCAACAUCUUUGACAUCCAGUGCGAAUGAUUCCAUGCAGCGGCAACAUCCGGCACAAAUUGCUGCGAAGCGGAGGUCGAACUCCCUCCCCAAGACCCCAGCGAUGAGUGGAGUUGCGUCUCCUGCUAGUGUAAGUAAUAGCAAUGUUCCAUUAAGUGCAAGCAGCCCUCCUGUUGGAACCCCACCUUUGGCUGAUUCAGCCAUGCUUGAGAGGUUCUCAAAAAUAGAAAUGGUGACUAUGAGGUUUCAACUUAAUUGCAAAAAGAAUAAGGUUGAUGAGUACACCAUCAGGAAACCUAAUACGUACCCUUCUCAAGAGCUGUUGCUUCAUCUCUCCGGUGAUUCCACUAGUGAGAAUUUUAAAGAUGAAACAUGCAAAAUGCCAUUGUCAAAGUCACUUGUAGGUGGCAGUAUGAAUGUUUGCAAGACUAGAGUCAUGAAUUUUAUGCAGAAAGAGCGCAUACUUCAAGGAAAUAGUUUUUCUAUUGUUCCUAAGGUACGGACUAGAAUGAUCAUGUCAGAGAAGCCAAAUGAUGGCAAUGUAGCAAUCCAUUAUGGAGAAAUAGAUGAUGCAGAUUACUUGGCUGUAGAGGAUUAUCUGCCUACAUUGCCCAAUACACACAUUGCAGACUUGCUUGCAGCACAGUUCUGUUCGCUGAUGACACGUGAAGGAUAUCUCAUGGAAGAUCAUGUCCAACUGAAAUCAAUCCGUGUGAAUCGUGCGCCAAGCAGUCAAUAUAAUGCUCCUGAAAUCCCCCCUAAUAACGCAGGAGUUGAGAUGCAACAGACAGAAGCAGUUUCAGGUCAACCACAGAAUGAAGUUGCAAAGCCAUCUAGCACUGGUAAUGCAUCUCUGAACUCGGCCCAGAAUAUACCAAGCACGAGGAUGCUUCCACCUGGAAAUGCUCAGGCCCUACAGAUCUCUCAAGGACUCUUGCCUGGGGUUUCAAUGACGUCUAGGCCUCAGCAAUCUGACCCACAUCCAUCUCAGCGGCAGCAGCAGCAACAGCAGCAACAGCAACAACAACAACAAAGUCAACACACAUUGAUGCAACAGCAGCAUCAGUUCCAGAGAUCAUCUCUAACGCUUGCAGCAAAUCCACUUUCACAAUUGAAUACGAUGGGGCAGAAUUCAAAUAUGCAGUUGGGUAAUCAUAUGGUUAACAAAUCUUCCCCUCUCCAACUUCAGCUAUUACAGCAGCAGCAGCAGCUGCAGCCACAACAGCAGCAACAGCAAUCACCAAUGCAGAGGAAAAUGAUGAUGGGCCUUGGAACUGUAGGUACGGGAAACAUUGGCAACAGCAUGGUUGGGCUUGGAGGCCUGGGCAAUGUCAUUGGCAUGGGCGGUGCAAGGGGCGUAGGAGGAACUGGAAUUUCGGCACCUAUGGGGCCUAUCUCAGGCGUGGGCAAUGUGGGUCAUAAUCCGAUGAAUCUGAGUCAAGCCACAAAUAUUAGCAAUGCAAUAAGCCAGCAACUCCGUUCUGGGGCGCUUACUCCGGCACAAGCACAAGCUGCUAUAAUGGCAACAAAACUUAGGAUGCAGCAGAAUAGAACAAACAUGUUGGGAGGGCCACAAUCAAGUAUUGGUGCGUUGUCGGGGGCUAGACAGAUGCAACCAGGCUCUACUGGUUUUUCAAUGCUGGGCUCCAGUCUGAAUCGAGCCAACAUAAAUCCAAUGCAGCGAACAGCAAUGGGGCCAAUGGGUCCACCAAAAUUGAUGACAGGGAUGAAUCUUUACAUGAACCAACAGCAGCAGCAGCAGCAGCAACAGUUGCAAUUACAGCAGCAGUUGCAACAACAGCAGCAGCAGCAGUUGCAACAACAGCAAUUGCAGCAGCAACAACAACAAUUGCAGCAACAGCAGCAACAACAGACAACAUCUCCACUUCAGGCUGUUGUUUCACCCUCUCAAGUGGGUUCGCCGUCAACUAUGGGAAUCCCACUGCAACAAAACCAACCAUCCCAACAGCAGCAGCAGCAGCAGGCUAGCCCACAGCAAAUGAAUCAGCGAACUUCAAUGAGCCCGCAACUGAGCUCUGGGGCUAUCCAUCCCAUGAGUGCUGGUAAUCCAGACGCUUGUCCGGCAAGCCCUCAGCUGAGCUCACAGACCCUUGGCUCAGUUGGUAGCAUCACCAAUUCUCCUAUGGAGUUGCAAGGUGCCAAUAAGGGUAACUCUGUUAGCAAUGCAUAGUCCAGAUCAAGUAAGUUCACAUGCCCUGGGCUUGGUUGGUAUCACGUUCUCCUGUGGAGUUAAAGGUGUCAAGUAGAAUAACAACUCUGUUUGUAACACUUGGUCAAGAUAAGAAGCUUGCUUUUAGGUCCUUGUGGUAAUGCUUUGGCUGAGGUUCAAAGCCUUCUCUCUCUCGGAAGUUCUUGAAAAGAGAAAAAGCUUUUGUGGCGGGGAGAUGGUGUUGCUGUGUUGGCAUCGACAGAAAUUGCUAAUUUACCCCCCAAACAGAGAUAUUGUGGUGCAGCCCUUGUAAUUUGGUUGUGCCCAUUGAUAAGGAGGUCAAUUUGCGUUUAGGUAUUCCUGAACCUACUUGGGAUUAAGUCAUGUAUGUAGAUAUACUGUUCAGUAGGACACGGUUAUAUGUUAAUUUUUGAACUUAUUGUAUCUUAUUAAUCUGGUUAUUUGCAUCAAAGUUUCAUAGAAUGAAAUUUUGGAUUAUUCACGUUCUGAUAAUAAGAAGGGCAAUCAUUCAGU